CGAGCGAGAGCGCGUUUCUCUCCCCCUCCGCUUUUUUUUUUUUUAAUGCUGAAUGCUCGCGCCGCUUCUCUGAGGUCCAUCUGGCUGAAGAUUCUCCCGAUCGGCUGCUCAAGCGACUGGCGACUUUAAAGGAUUCUCCUUUAUUCCUUUUAUUUUGGGGUUGGGUGGGAGGGAGGGAGGGAGUGGGGAGCGCGUUUUGUUUCUUUUCACACUGGCCCUAAAGAGGAUAUAUUAGAAGUUGAAAAGGAAGGGUGAGAAGCAGGCCGAUGGCGCAAAGGUACGACGAUUUACCCCAUUACGGUGGGAUGGAUGGAGUGGGGAUUCCAAGCACCAUGUACGGGGACCCCCAUGCCGCCAGAUCCAUGCAGCCUGUCCACCACUUGAACCAUGGUCCUCCGCUUCACUCCCAUCAAUACCCGCACACAGCCCACACUAACGCCAUGCCCCCCAGCAUGGGUUCCUCUGUCAAUGACGCUUUAAAGAGAGAUAAAGAUGCAAUUUAUGGACAUCCCCUCUUCCCACUCUUAGCACUGAUUUUUGAGAAAUGUGAACUAGCGACGUGCACGCCCCGGGAGCCCGGGGUAGCGGGAGGCGACGUUUGUUCUUCCGAAUCUUUCAACGAAGAUAUAGCCGUGUUCGCGAAACAGAUACGAGCAGAAAAACCCUUAUUUUCUUCUAACCCCGAACUGGAUAACUUGAUGAUCCAAGCCAUACAAGUAUUAAGGUUUCAUCUGUUGGAAUUAGAGAAGGUACACGAAUUGUGUGACAAUUUCUGCCACCGGUACAUUAGCUGUUUGAAAGGGAAAAUGCCAAUCGAUUUGGUGAUAGACGAUAGAGAAGGCGGAUCAAAAUCAGACAGCGAAGACAUAACGAGAUCAGCAAACCUAACAGAUCAGCAGCCUUCUUGGAAUAGAGACCAUGAUGACACAGCAUCAACACGGUCAGGAGGAACGCCAGGGCCUUCCAGUGGGGGCCACACAUCACACAGUGGGGACAACAGCAGUGAACAAGGUGACGGCUUGGACAACAGUGUAGCGUCUCCCAGCACAGGUGAUGAUGAUGAUCCAGAUAAGGACAAAAAGCGACAUAAAAAGCGGGGCAUCUUUCCCAAAGUAGCCACAAAUAUCAUGAGGGCAUGGCUGUUCCAGCAUCUAACACACCCUUAUCCUUCAGAAGAACAGAAAAAGCAGUUGGCACAAGACACGGGGUUGACAAUACUUCAAGUGAACAAUUGGUUUAUUAAUGCUAGAAGAAGGAUAGUUCAGCCCAUGAUAGACCAGUCCAACCGAGCAGUAAGCCAAGGAACACCUUAUAACCCAGAUGGACAACCAAUGGGAGGUUUUGUGAUGGAUGGUCAACAGCACAUGGGAAUCAGAGCACCAGGACUGCAAAGUAUGCCAGGGGAUUAUGUGUCUAGGGGUGGUCCAAUGGGCAUGACAAUGGGACAGCCAAGUUAUACACCACCCCAGAUGCCCCCCCAUCCAGCACAGUUGCGUCACGGCCCCCCCAUGCAUCCUUACCUUCCGGGACACCCCCACCACCCAGCAAUGAUGAUGCAUGGUGGACCACCCCACUCUGGAAUGCCGAUGUCAGCGACUAGCCCCACCAUGCUCAAUACAGGAGAUCCAGCAAUGAGUGGACAAGUGAUGGACAUUCAUGCUCAGUAACUUAAAGGAAUAUACUUUUAUUUUCAUGAACGGCAAAUUUGAAAUAUUGUCAUUCUACCAUGACUUAAUGGAGUUCCAUUCUUGGCAUCUAAUUUGGACCAAGGAACAAUCAGAUUGUCUUUAUAGGGACCCUGAAAAGCAGGAAAAACACACCAACUGAAGUCAACUUCUGGGGACAAGAAAAAUAACUAUAUAAGGCAACAGAGUCGAAUAUUGUAAAAUGCUAUUAUUCUGUUAUCCAUAUUACGUUCUUUCUUAUAGAUUUUUUAAGAAAAAAAAUGUGAAUUUUUUUCCACACUAUGUGUGUUGUUUCCAUAACUCUUCACUUCCUGCAGAAGCCUCCUUACAUUUUAAAAAAAAGCCUUACAGUUAUCCUGCAAAUGACAAAAAAGAUUUAUUUGCAGGAGUUUUAGAGCAUUAAAAUAUCUAUGUCAGGCAGAAGAACAUUUCUUCUAUCCUAGGAUUUCAGCCAUGCACUCUGUAUUUCUGUUUUUUUUUUCCUAUCUCUCUUUCUAUUUCUCUCUCCCUCUCUCUCCCUCUCUUCUCCCCUCCCUGCCUGGGGCGUGAAUUUGCAUGUCUAAUUCAUUUACUCACCAUAUUUGAAUUGGCCUGAACAGAUGUAAAUCGGGAAGGAUGGGAAAAACUGCAGUCCUCAACAAUGAUUAAUCAGCUGUUGCAGGCAAUGUCUUAAGGAGACUGGUAGGAGGAGGCAUGGAAACCAAGAGAAAAGUGUGUUUGACCUUAAUUGUCACAUCAGAGCAUCAUUAUCCCCAUGAAGCAGCAGCAGCAGCAGCCUACAACCACCUACAUCACUUCCUGUUUUAUGCCUCUCAAACCAUGAACUGAAGAGUUAUUUUUACUAUGUUGACUUUAUUUUUUUUCGGCAAAGCAUCAGUCGUGCAUUUUUCCAUAGUCCCAUCAUGGAGCAUAUAUGUAUACAUUGUAAAUAAAUUUUGUGCAAAAAGGACUGGAAAAAUGAACUGUAUUAUUGCUUUCCCCCCCCUCUUUUCUUUCUUUCUUCUUUCCUUUCCUUUCUUUCUUUCUUUUUGUAAAAGUAGCAGUUUGGUAUGAGUUGGCAUGCAUACAGAUUUACUAAGUGGGAUAAGCUAAUUAUACUUUUGUUGUGGUUAAACAAAUGCUUGUUGAUAGCCUUUUUUUCUAUCAAGAAACCAAGGAGCCAAUUAUUAUUAAUAAUCAUUGCACAUUAAGUCUUAGAGUUUCUGACUGAAACUGUUUGGAUUGUACAAUAACUCAAAGCCCAGCUGUAGUAGUUCAAGUGCAGUAAUGAAACUGAAUCUAAAAUAAAAGCAAAUUAUUUUUGUCA